AUGCCGCCCCCGCCGCCGCUGCUGCUCCUCGCCGUCCUGGCCGCCGCCGCCGCCCGGCCCGGGUGCGAGUCCGCCUGGGACGCCGCCGGCGGAUGCCACAGGCCCUCAGCUGCAGACAGCGCCACAUGCGUGGACCUGCAGCUCAGGACCUGCAGUGACGCCACCUACAACCGGACGGCCUUCCCCACGCUGCUGGAGCACCGGUCCCGGGAGGCGGUGGAGUCCAGCUCCGAGUACAUCCUGCUGAGCGUGCUGCACCACCUGCUCGAGGGCCAGUGCAACCCCGACCUGCGGCUGCUGGGCUGCGCCGUGCUGGCGCCGCGCUGCGAGGGCGGCCGGGUGCGCAGGCCCUGCCGGCGCAUGUGUGAGGCGCUGCGGGAGGCCUGCCUGCCUGCCUUCGACGCCAUUGACAUGGCCUGGCCCUACUUCCUCGACUGUGGCCACUACUUCGCGUCCGAGGAGGACGGCUGCUACGACCCCCUGGAGGCGCUGCGAGGAGGCCUGGAUGCCGAGGAGGUGCUGCCCUCGGGGCUGCCGCCCACCUUCAUCCGCUUCAGCCACCACUCCUACGCCCAGAUGGUGCGUGUGCUGAGGCGCACGGCUGCCCGCUGCGCCCACAUCGCCAAGACCUACAGCAUCGGGCGCAGCUUUGAAGGCAAGGAGCUGCUGGUCAUCGAGUUCUCGGGCCGCCCUGGCCAGCACGAGCUGAUGGAGCCCGAGGUGAAGCUCAUUGGCAACAUCCACGGCAAUGAGGUGGCAGGACGGGAGAUGCUCAUCUACCUGGCCCAGUACCUGUGCUCCGAGUACCUGCUGGGCAACCCCCGCAUCCAGCGCCUGCUCAACACCACCCGCCUCCACCUGCUGCCCUCCAUGAACCCCGACGGCUACGAGGUGGCCGCCGCCGAGGGUGCCGGCUACAACGGGUGGACGAGUGGGAGGCAGAACGCGCAGAACCUGGACCUGAACCGCAACUUCCCCGACCUGACGUCCGAGUACUACCGCCUGGCCUCGUCCCGCAAUGCGCGCAGCGACCACAUAGCCAUCCCACAGCACUACUGGUGGGGUAAGGUGGCCCCUGAGACGAAGGCGAUAAUGAAGUGGAUGCGGACCACGCCCUUUGUGCUCUCAGCCAGCCUCCACGGGGGCGACCUGGUGGUGUCCUACCCCUUCGACUUCUCCAAACACCCCCAGGAGGAGAAGAUGUUUUCUCCCACGCCCGAUGAGAAGAUGUUCAAGUUGUUGGCCAGAGCCUACGCUGACGUGCACCCGAUGAUGAUGGACAGGUCGGAGAACAGGUGUGGGGGCAACUUCCUGAAGAGGGGCAGCAUCAUCAACGGGGCCGACUGGUACAGCUUCACGGGAGGCAUGUCGGACUUCAACUACCUGCACAGCAACUGCUUUGAGAUCACGGUGGAGCUGGGCUGCGUGAAGUUCCCACCCGAGGAGGCCCUCUACACCAUCUGGCAGCACAACAAGGAGCCGCUCCUCAACUUCGUGGAGAUGGUGCACCGGGGCAUCAAGGGUGUGGUGAUGGACAAAUUUGGCAAGCCGAUCAAAAACGCCCGCAUCGUAGUCAAGGGCAUCCGCCACGACAUCACCACAGCCCCAGAUGGCGACUACUGGAGACUGCUGCCCCCAGGGUCCCACAUCGUCAUUGCUCAAGCCCCCGGCUACUCCAAGGUCAUCAAGAAAGUCACCAUUCCCGCCCGGUUGAAGAAGGCCGGCCGCGUGGACUUCAUCCUCCAGCCUUUGGGGACCGGACCCAAGACAUCCCUUCUCGGGCCCCGGAGAAGCGGCCCCGGGCUCCGAGGCCCAGCGGGAGGUGCCGGCCCACACAGGGAGCCCGAGGAUCCCGACCAGGAGCCCCUUGGGGCCCGGAGACAGCCCACAGCCGGCGGGAGCAAGCCGUGGUGGUGGUCCUACUUCACGUCGCUGAGCCAGCACAAGCCACGCUGGCUGCUCAAAUACUAGGCGCUCCUGCCCGCACCCGCCCGCGUGCGGAGGCCCAGCCCCGCUCAGCCGGGGCUCCUAGCUCUUGAUCUCGGCUUCCACAGACAUGCCGCAAAGCCGUUUCCGUUUGAUUAAAGUGUUUUUAUUCGUC